GUUAGCAGUAAUGUGUGCUCAAACUGGCGCGUAUUUCUGAUCGCUACGACACGUGAAUACUAACAGAAAUAAAAUGCUCGAUUAAUAUGUGCUUUGUAAGUGAAUCUUCAAUCUAUAUAAUUCAAGUUUGUGAAACAGAGUAGCCACAAUGAGAAAUUGAUUGAAAAAAGGAUAUGCACCAAUCACGAUCGCCUGCUGUGAAGACUGCCCUGCGCAGGUUCCGGUGCCUGCCAGUGAAAAUCUGCCUCAUCCUCGUCAUCACGCUGAGCUACGUAGCUCUCCAGUUCUACAGCGGACAUUGGGGUACCAGCCGCCCUGUCACAGCUUACAGCUCCAGAGAGGAUGAGCUGAGGCAGUACCAAAUGAAAGAAGUUGAUCUGGACUUCAUACGGCGGGCAGGACUCGUUGAUCAUAAGAUAGCCGAUUUAUCCGACUCGGACAUUGAUGGCAUGAAUCAGACAGAGCUCAUGGUAACUGUCCAUAGCUAUUUGGACAACUGUGACACGCUCUGCAAGCGCCGACUCCGGAUGGGCCUAAUAGGAGAAGGCGGUUGGGAGGUAUGCGACGACGAAGGGGUCAGGCCCAGGUCGCACCGGUGCCUGGUAUACUCCUUCGGGAACGAACGGGUAUUCAGCUUCGAAGACGACGUGGCCCGAGUGUACCGGUGCGAAGUUCAUAUCUUCAAAGCGUCCACGGAAAGAGCCGAGUACAACCGGAGCAGCCUGAUCCACGUCCAUCCGUACGGAGUCGGCCGAGUCACAGAAAUCACGCCUUUGGGAACUGAGCUUCAUACCUUUGCAGACAUACGCAGCAUCUUAAACCACGCUGGAAUAGCCAUCGAUCUGGUAAAAAUGGACAUUGAGAAUGGAGAGUGGUCAGUUUUGAGCGGCAUGUUGCUGGACAAGCAACUUCACAACAUCAGGCAGCUCCUAGUGGAGUUCCACGUGGGAUUUCCGCCAAAUCUAGAUCGUCUGCGUCGAAUUGUGAGAGUCAUGCGCAGUCUGAGUAGAAUAGGAUUUCGAAAAUUUUACGUCCACAAAAAUCCAAGGGGAAGCUAUCACCAUCCACAUUUUCCUAUUCUCAGGUCCAGAAAUUAUGAAAUUCAUUUUUUGAAUUCUAAAUAUUUAUAAAUGUAUGCAAAGAAAUAAACAAUUUUUUUUAAAGAAUAUAUGUCUAAUCGGUAAUAAUGUUAGAACCUUCAUCAAACUUAUUAUAUUACGGUAUCUAACAAUAAAUUAAAGAUACCUACCGGAAUGUUUAGUCAUAAAA